AUUUUCUUGGUGCUGCCAACGCGUUUUAAGCCCACAAAGCAAGCUCGAAAAAAACAAAGAUAAACAACGUAAAAUCACGAAAUUUCGAGCAGAAUAACCAGUUUCUCAAACAAAAACGCAAUGGAAACGACCAAAACGGCUGCGGAGAAGCUGGCGGAGCGCAAGGCGCGCUUGCUGGAGUUGCACAAGAAGCGGCAGGAGGCGCGGACGGACAACCACCAGGAAGUGGUGGCAGAGGACGCCCGCAAGAAGCUGCCAAAGAACUGGGAAGCACGUAAGCGCCAGGCGGAGUGGAUUCUGGCGGACGACAAGGCGCGCUCAGAUGCACAGGCCGCUGGCAAGGAUUACGAACGCCUAAAGCUUCUCGAGGUUUCGGCGGUGGAUGCGGAUCGCAUCGAGAAAAAGAAGAAGCGCAAGGACAAUCCGGACUUGGGUUUCUCCACCUACGAAGCCCAGACGGCCAGGCAGUACAGUCGAUUGGUCAAGAGCAUGCCCACCCGCGACAUGGCCAAAUAUGAAAGGCAAAAGGAGGCGCUCGGUGAAGCCUUCUACGGCGGUGCUCACACCACAUUGCAUUCAAGAACGAAGGACACUCCUGGUGCCAUUAAUAACAUGGUGCAGGACCUGGAGCAGCAAAUCGAGCGUCGUAAGAAGUACUCCCGCAGACGAAUCUACAACGACGACGCGGACGUGGACUUCAUCAACGAGCGAAACUCCAAGUUCAACAAGAAGCUGGACCGAUUCUACAGCGAGCAUACGGCGGAAAUCAAACAGAAUCUGGAGCGCGGAACAGCUAUCUAACUUUAGUCUUUCAUUUAGUAAUUUUAAGAUCAGAAUCCGAAAUGUACCUAAUUUACUUUGUGUUCAUAUAAUUGUUGUAUUUCCCAGGGCUUACCGCUCUUAAAAAUCAAAAAAUAGACAAUUUUCAUGAAUUUUUCAUACGAAAACUAACAAACUUUUUUAUACGAUUAUUACAACAACUAAAAGAUCAAACAAACAUGUAAAAUGCAAUAGGUUCUCAGUAAAUUUUUUUCGGAUCGAUUUGAAAUUUUAAGGAUAUUUUCUCUUCUGAUGGUUAAAAAUAAAAAAAAAAAAACUUAUGGAUCGAG